AUGCGUUCCACCAACAUACUCGCUACCAUCCCGCUGAGCGCCACCCUAGUCUCCGCUCAGUGCAACAACCGCAGCUCAUGUUCCAUGGGCAACGAUGGGGACUGCUUCCGGGAUUGCUUGAACCAGGGUUUUCAGGGCGGCCGGUGCUGCCAAAACAUUGGCUGUCCAGGGACACCAGCUGCGAUUGCUACUGAAACACCGAAGCGCAGUGAUGAGGUGAUUGACGGCAAUGAGCCCUUGCGUGAGCUCCUGAUUAACAUGGGUCGCAAUGAUGCUUUAAAGAAGUUGGAUGCUAGAACGUUUUCAGAUUAG